AUGGAUUUGGAAGAAGGCUCGUACAACCUCGAAAAUGAGCAGCAAUUCUGGGAUCAAUUGGACGAUAUAUUAUCCAAGCCAUACGAUUCACAUGAGCUCAUCGACAAUGCCCUCCGAGACUAUCUUGGCUUCAGUGCCAGGUUCAAACGCCAAUUUCUAAACGGCGAAUACGAUGUCUCACGUUGUUCAUACAAGCUCUUCUCAUCCAAUCUCUUCGCUCAGCAUGCAGAUUAUAUUCGAAGGCAGAUAAUAUACAGCUUGCUACAAGAAGACGAUUCGGAUGCUCUACAUUUUAUGGCUGCUUUCCUCCUCUUCGACGGACGACAUAAUGACACAACUUUACAACUUAUGAACGAUGAAGGCUGUUUUCCUAGAUUGCUGGAACUCAUCCGCUCCCAGGAUCCAGCCAUUGAUGAUGAUGGAGCUGGUCUACAUCGUCAUUUGAUGGAUCUACUCUAUGAAAUGUCUAGAAUUCAACGGAUAAAGAUCGAGGACCUCGUACUCGUGGAAGAUGACUUCGUGAAAUAUCUUUUCGAGAUCAUCGAGGGUCUUUCCAAUGACGCAAAUGACCCUUAUCAUUAUCCUGUAAUUCGCAUUCUGCUGGUGCUGAAUGAACAAUUCAUGGUUUCAGCACACGACCCUGAUCUCGGAGCUUCUUCCAACCCACCAACAAAUAAAGUGAUCAAGAUUCUCGCCAUGCAUGGCAAUUUUUAUAAGACAUUCGGUGAAAAUAUUAUUCUACUACUUAAUCGAGAAGGCGAAACAUCGCUGCAACUCCUUACCCUCAAACUUCUCUAUCUCAUCUUCACGACGCCGUCCACUUAUGAAUAUUUUUAUACUAAUGACCUACGAGUUCUCGUCGACAUACUCAUUCGGAAUCUUCUAGAUCUUCCUGAAGACGCUGUGGCUUUGCGACACACAUAUUUGCGUGUUUUCUAUCCGCUAUUAUCACAUACUCAGCUUAAGUACGCGCCACACUAUAAACGCGACGAAAUUAUGAGAACACUCGGCAUAUUGAUUCACAGUCAAUUUGAUGGAGCCGAGGAUGAUUAUGAAAAGAUACUGCAUUUUGCCGAGGCAGAUGAUACCACGAAGAGGCUGGUUACCCGGUGCGGCCAAGUUGAGUGGCUGCGAGGGCCGGAACCGGAAUCUAUCUCGGAAUCGCCUCAAGACGAAGAGAGUCCGUCAGAUACUAACAUCGGAGUACCUAUCAUAUAUACAGACUCAGCUAGUGAAAGAAAUGCCAGCAUUGCUACAUCGCCAAUCUCACAAGAUUCUAUAACACCAUCAUCGCCCACCAAAGUGAACUCAAAAUCGCCAAGUAUGCCCAGUUCUAUUCCCAAAGGACCAAAAGGCAAACUUGGGAUGCAACUGGAGCCUGCCAGCUCCUCUGCGCUUAGCUUUGUGGAGGUAGCCGCUCAGAAUGAAAAGCCCGGGGUUAUGACACCCAGUCGCAGAGAUACUAAAUCUUCAGAUCACUCGAUUGAAUCUAUUUUAGCCGUUAGGACAAAACAAAAACCAGAACUGCCAAAGGCAAGACGAUGGCGUGGGCGACGGGCUUGCGAAGAGGAUGAAGGAGGAGGAGGAGGAGGAGGAGGAGGAGAAAAACACGCUCUUGAGUCAGAGGAGAAAACCACAGCAGCAUCGAAUGAAAGGCGAGCCUCAACCGAAGAAUCGUUUUCACCAUCAGCUCCUGCAGCUAGGUCUACCUCGCGGUCCGCACCGGCUUUACCCCCCCCUCGAAGGUCAUUUAAUCAUACAUCAACCACGGUCGCCGCGCCAGCCGUAGUUGACAAUCAUUCCGCCAAAUUAAGCGUCAAACCUGAGCCUCCAAAGACACGCCGAUGGCGCCACGGCGCAAAGCCACCGGCCGAGCCGUCAAUGGCGGAGGAAGUAGAGAAGGCCUAA